CUGAACCUCCAGAAACUCACCACGUUUUAUCAAUCCCAAUACAGUUUAUUGUUCCCCAGAUCGAGGGUGGCUCGCACCAGUCAGAACCAGCCAAUCCUUUGCCCCCUGGUCUCUUCGUCGCUGAUACCGCUUGGAUCGAUCGCCAAAAACGGCCCCCUCUAUUAUCUGGAAUCUGUCCGUUCUCGCUGAUCCACCCUCCCUCUUCCGACAGCCUCAGCCUCCAUCUCCGCAAUCACAUCUCCGGCGGAGUGACAUAUUGUACAGUCGACUAGCGGAGGACAUUUUUUGAGAGAAGGCCACAGCGCUCCUACCAUGUCGUCCGCCACCGCGUCUGGGGCUGACACUGGGGGCUCUGCGAAAUCCCGCGAGCACAAUCAGGGCAAUCAGGACCGGAAAUACACACCCGAACAGAAGGCGGCGGUGCUGAGGAUACGGAAAUGCUCUACAACGGCGUACUACGAGAUUCUGUCUCUAGAGAAGACGGCUUCGGAUGGCGAAAUCAAGAAGGCCUAUCGCAAAUUGAGUUUGAUGACACACCCUGAUAAGAACGGAUAUGAGGGAGCGGACGAGGCGUUCAAAUUGGUUGCGCGUGCCUUCCAGGUGUUAUCGGACCCAGAGAAGAAAAGCAAGUAUGACAAGUUUGGAGGCGAUCCGGACAGCAGAUUUACCCCGAGCGCUGGUCCCUCAGGCGCUUCACCCUUUGGCGGAUUCGGCGGCGGUGGAUUCCCGCGGUCUGGUGCUGGUGGUUCGAUGUACGAGGAGGAGAUUUCGCCGGAGGAGCUAUUCCAGCGGUUCUUCAGCGGUGGCUUUGGCAACAUGGGUGGUGGAUUCAGCCCCUUCGGUGGACCCCAAUUCGUUUUCAACAUGGGUGGCGGCCCCGGAUUCCGAGUCCAUCAGUUUGGAGGCGCUCGGCCACGGAGAAGGCCACGCGAAGCCAACGCCCGGGCCGAACCUGCGCCAUCUACGUGGUCGACUUUCCAGCAGCUUCUUCCUCUUAUCCUCCUCUUCGUGCUCCCUUGGAUCUCUUCGCUAUUCUCUGGUUCAUCGACUCCUGCUGGCCCUUCGUAUAGAUUUGACGCCGCUGUGCCUCCCCACACGGUGCAUCGGACGACUCCUAAGCUGAAUAUCGAUUACUAUGUCAAUCCUAGUGAUGUGGAGGACUACAGUGCGCGAAAAUUCCGGCAACUGGACCAACGGGUGGAGGUGGACUACGUUUCGAAACUUCGGUAUGAAUGUGAGAGCGAGGUCCACCUCCGCGAUCGCAUGCUGCAAGACGCCCAGGGCUGGUUCUUCCCGGACGUAGAGAAGAUUAAGGAAGCGAGGGCGAUGGAGCUGAAGAACUGCCGGCGUCUGGAUUCCCUGAAGGGGAAAUACUAAGAAGCAUGACUUACCUGGCACGUGGGUGCCAUCUCUGCGGCCAUUAUACCUUAAUUUCUUUUUUUUUCUUCUUUCUUUUGUGUCCUUGACGACCCGAGCACUUUGUUCCCACUAGAUGUCCAUACGUGUGCAGGAUUUGAUGGCGUUGACGGAGUGAUGACCCAAGCUUUGGAAGUAACAGCUUUGUUUAGUAGCCUUGAGAGGAGGGGGGGGGGAAUAAUGUACAUUUGCGAGGUUCCGAAAUCGAUAGGC